UACCCAUCAGCAAAUGCGCCUGAUAAGGUGGUAAUGAGGGCGUAUGAUACCGACAAGAGCCAAUCAGCGGGAGUAGACUGGUAUCUUGGACCUCUCCGUCGGCGGAGCUACAAAAUCUUGUGCUGCGUCAAUGCAGACAUAGGCACGGCGCGCGGCGUGUCAAGCAUGUGGCAGUGCAUGCACACAGUAACUACUACUCCUACCCCUCAUCACUCACCCCACAACCACUCCCAGAUUGUAAACGCGCCACGAUAGAUCCCAGAUUUGCACCACCGCCAGACUCUCGGAGCAACAGAGAUAAACCAGCUUUUCAAAAACCUAAGAUCACCGCGGCGAAGUGCGAAAAACCAAUCAAAUUUGCUCCAUCCACCAAGCCUGAUACUCCUGCAGUAGUAAUAAAAAUACUUUAGCUCGCUUGCAGAUCGUGGCCUGCAAAUCACCUGCUGCCGCACAGCAGACACCUUUUUAAAUUCACCUCCUCCAUGGCCCUCCACUGCAAAAUCCAAUCCAACUGUAAAUCCAGCAUUAAUGGCGCUCGGUUUUUAAUUGGAGUCCAUUUUUUUAUACUGGCCGCAUGGACCCACCCUGUCAGUCCAAGGCGACCACCUUGCCUUUUCGCACGGAGUAUAAACCCUUCUUCUCUGUUACUGCGCCGCGCCGCGCCGCGCCACGGCUUCCGCUGCACGCCAUUACCGAAGCGCGUCUCCCUUCUUCGCCAAGUGUCCCUCUCCCUCCUCCGGCCAAUGUGACUUGCGGCCGUCGAAGCUGUAGAACCUGCGGGGGAAGGAGCACGAGCGAUGGUAGUCAGGUGCGUGCACGCCGACGCGGGCGGUUUCCGGCUCUGGCCGGUCUUCUCGGCCGCCACCAUGCGGAGGAAGCUUCUUGAGGUCCUCACGUGCGGCGGCGGCGGUGGCGGCGGUUCUUGCCGCGGCCGCACGUCCUUCCGGUCGCCCCAGCCACGCGCGCAGUCGCAGCCGAGGCCGCGGUCUGACCGGCUCGCGGAGCUGCUCAGGGCGGAGCCGUCCGAGUGCGGCGACGACGAGGGCGAGGCGGACGCGGCCGUCCGGAAGACAGCGGCGCUGGAGGAGCUGAAGGUCGUGGUCGCUGCCCUUCAGGAUGGAGAAGGAGACGUUGCCGGCGGCGUCUCGUGGCGUGUCGAGGCGGCCACGGUCGUGCGGAGGAAGGCCAAGGACGACGCCUUGGCCAGGGAGAUGCUCGCGAUGCUCGGCGCUAUCCCGCCGCUCGUCGCCAUGCUCGACCAGAGUGGAGGCGGCGAGGAGCUGCUGGCCGCCGCGCUGUACGCGCUCCUCAACAUGGGGAUCGGCAAUGACACGAACAAGGCCGCGAUCGUCCAGGCCGGCGCCGUGCACAAGAUGCUCUGCAUUGCCGAGGGCGCGUCCGGCGCUCUGACGGGGGCGCUCGUCGCCAACUUCCUCUGCCUCAGCGCGCUGGACGCGAACAAGCCCAUCAUCGGCGCCUCCGGGGCGGCGCCCUUCCUCGUGCGCGCGUUCGAGGCCGGGGCCACCGAGCAGGUCCGGCACGACGCCCUGCGUGCGCUCCUCAACCUCUCCAUCGCGGCGGCGAACGCGCCGCACCUGCUGUCCGCGGGGCUCGCGCCGUCGCUCAUCGCGGCCAUCGGGGACAUGUCGGCGUCGGACCGCGCCCUCGCCGCGCUCUGCAACAUCGUGGCCGCCUGCCCCGAGGGCCGGCGCGCGGUGAGCCGCGCCCCGGACGCGGUGCCGGUGCUGGUGGACGUGCUCAACUGGUCCGACGAGGCCGGGUGCCAGGAGAAGGCCGCGUACGUGCUGAUGGUGCUGGCGCACCGGAGCUACGGCGACCGCGCGGCCAUGGCCGAGGCCGGCGCCACGUCGGCGCUGCUCGAGCUGACGCUCGUGGGCACGGCGCUGGCGCAGAAGCGCGCGUCGAGGAUCCUGGAGAUCCUGCGCGCCGACAAGGGCAAGCAGGUGGCCGACGGUGUCGGCACCGUGGCCACGGUGUCGGCGCCGCAGGAGCGCGGAGGCCGGCACCGGGAGGAGGAGGAGGAAGAGGAGGCGGCGGAGCGGGAGACCUGCUGCAUGAGCAACGAGAAGCGCGCCGUGCGGCAGCUGGUGCAGCAGAGCCUCCAGAGCAACAUGCGGCGGAUCGUGCGGCGCGCGCGGCUGCCGCAGGACCUGGCGCCGCCGGACAGCCUCAAGGCGCUCACCUCCUCCUCCACCUCCAAAAGCCUGCCGUUCUAAGCCCCACCGCAGGUACUGGUGUUGAGGAGGAGAGGCGACUUUGUUGCAUGACAGUGGGCAAUGGCGGUGUUGCAAGCGUUGGAGACCGGGAAUCUUUCUCUCUUGGUGCCUGUGGAUGGAGGGAUGGUGGGGAGGGGAGGAUGGGCUAUGCUUGUUUAUGCUCUGCCAUGACGGAGCCACGUGCUCGGAUGCAUCGGCAGACGGGCGCCGACAUGUUCCUUCUCCUCCUAAUCGCUUUUGCUUUGUUUCAACCGCUCUUCUUCCCAGCUUUUGUAUAUGUGAUAGUUCUAGGGGAUUAAUUUACCACUACUAGUAGUAGUGGCAGUCAUACUACACCUAGGGCCUGGUGGUCAGCGUCACCCAUGGUUGCUCUUUACCUGUGUUUGCACAUGAGAUGAUCUUUUCUUGGAGUGGGAGAGGGGGGAGUAGUAGAAAAGAGACGAUGCGAUCUCAAAAGAGAGAGAGAGAGAGAGAGAGAGAGAGAGGAUGUAGAGGGUGUGAUUGAUUCUAUCUUAAUGUUGGACCGUUCAUCAUUUGGUCUUUGCCAGCCUGAAAAA